CACGAUCUCACACAUAACUACAUAUUCCUCGCCCACCCCCCGUCCGGGCUCUCAAGCCAUGCCGUCUCUUUCCACGCUCGCCGUUUGAGGAACCAAGUGUCGACCGAACGUAACCAUCCCGAGCCAUGAUCUUGCCACGCGACUCCGGGGCGCCUUCUACGGUGGGGUCCGAGUUCGGGACCACGCCCGACACCAAGCCCGUGGCCCGGCUCGACGCCGUCGGCAUCUGGUGGAUCACCUUCGCCGGCAUCUGGACGACCCUCCUCGUCUGCGGCAUGACAUUCCUUUACAAGAAACGCAACACACCGACGCUGAGACUGCGCGGACUCUCCUUAACCUUCGCCGGCAUCAUCCUCCUUCACUUCUACUGGCUCUCCGUCCAGAUCGGCUACAGCGUCGGUCCACUCGCUCCCGAGGUUGCCGAGUUCUGGAUCAUGAGCAUCUGGUAUCCCUUCGGAAUCGCCCUCUUCCAGGCCGGCAACAGCCAGUUCCUCCAUGUCGCCAAAGCCCAGAGCCGCUUCGCCCGGCCGCCGAGCCAGAUGAAGACGCGCUUCGACGAGAAGCGGCCGGCGGGGAAGCCGAGCCUGCUCCAGCGCCUGCGCCAGAUGGAGUACCAGAAGCGCAUGUUCAUGUUUGUCACGAUAGGCAUGGCAGUGCAGUUAUUCGUGGUCAUCAUCAUCUACAUGAUAUCCCGCAAAUUCCAUUCCGACUUCGGUAUUCCCGGAACCGAAGUAUACGGCAGCACGCCCAUGGAGAUUGCCAUGAAACAGGGCAGGGGUUGGGAAUGGUGGCCCUCGAUCGUUUGGCAGUUCGUCUGGGCCUGGAUUGUGGCUCCCAUCAUUCUCUGGCAGUCCCGCGGGAUCCACGACACUCAUGGCUGGCAGUACCAGACCAUGGCCUGCUGCAUUGCUGGCCUUCCGGCAGCGCCCAUGUGGCUGAUCGCUCUCUACGUUCCUGGCAUGGCACCGGUAAACCAAUACUUUGUGCCGCCGCAAUGGAUCGCCCUCUCUAUUUUCGUUAUCGAGGUCUGCACCGUUUUCGUCCCCUGCUGGCAGGUCCGGAAACAUCAAACCCUGCGCCAGGAGACGCUCGAGUCCAUCGCCAACUGGGAGUCUAAGAAGCAGUUCGGCGCCAAGACGGAGACGUCAAGCGACCAGGGCUCUUCGGGCCCAAUGAGCACGACCUCGACCAAGGUCGGCGAGUACUCAGGUUUCGACUCCUGGAAGAAGCUGUCGAGCUUGGAAUCCGGCACCAACCAGGCCAACCUCAGCGGCGUCCCCGACGAGAGCGUGCUGACCAUGGCCGCGCUCGAGCACGUCCUGGACAAGAACCCGGAGCCGCUCCGUCAGUUCUCGGCCCGGCGCGACUUCUCGGGCGAGAACAUCGCCUUCCUGACGGCCGUGUCCGAGUGGAAGCUCGCCCUCCCGUCCGACUUCACCCGCAGCCGCUACGACGCCACCCCCGAGACAGUCCGGGAGCAGUUCACCAAGGCGCUGCGCAUCUACACCGAGUUCAUCUCGCCCCGCGACGCCGAGUUCCCCAUCAACAUCGCCUGGACCGACCUCCGCAAGCUGCAGGGCAUCUUCGAGCGCGCGGCCCGCAGCACCGCCGCCGCCAACGGCUCCUCCUCCACCGCCGACGCCGUCACCCCCUUCGCCGACCCCAACGACGACCCCAACGACGAUUUCAUCCCCUCGCCCCCCCGCGCCGCCCAGCAGCACCAACCCCCCCACCCCCCACCAUCCCGCGACUCCCAAAUCCACAUCCUCCAACCCGACGACGCCUCCAACGCCGCCCCGCCCACACCGACCCCCUCCACCAAGAACAACCGCACCUCCCACAUCCCGCUCACCGUCAAGAUCCUCGAACCACCCACACCCACAACCAAAUCCGCCCUCCCGCUCUACGCGGGGGACAUCCCGGCGGCCUUCGACGCGUCCGUCUUCGACGCCGCCCACGCCAGCAUCAAGUACCUGGUGCUGACCAACACGUGGCCCAAGUACGUGCGCGAGCGGCGCAACUCGGAGAGCAGCAGCAACGGCAGUGCGACUACUCCUGGUGCCGGGGAUAGCAGUGGGGCUAGUAAUAGCGGGCGGUCGGAUACCGUGCGCAGCAGUACGAGGCGGUCGGGGACGAGCCGGGCGGGGAGUUCGGUGGGCGGGGGGAGUGUGGAGAGUAAGUUGAGCUUGAAGGGGGCGUUGGGGUUUUUGAAGGGGGUUAUUCGGUGAUGACCUCUCUUUGAGUCUUCUUCUAUCUUGUGUUUCUUGAUUCCCCUUUUAUACUCCUUCCCGAGUCCAUCCACCCUUGGCUCGGAUGAUGCGAAGCACGUCCAUCGU